AUGUCGGGCUGCUCGCUCGUGGCCGCUGGAUUGCCAUCUCUUAUAGGGACGGCAGUUCCAACCUUCAGCUAUGACCAUUUAAAACAUACAGCAGGCGAAUAUUUCGGCAUUCAAAUGACUUACAUGUCUGGCGCAUCAACAUGUUUCGCUGGAACAAAGCCCACCUUCACGCCUGUCAUCUCGAACACCUUAGCACAAUUCACUCGGACUUGUUCAUACGCUACCUCCGGCAUCCCUGCAACCUACACCAGUAUCAUCUGUAGUAGUGCCGCUCUAAGCAACUUCCCGAACACUGGUGCUUUGACCAUCAACAAUGUUAUUGGCGGUUUACUGCCACCUCCCCUUCCUCGCGCGUUUACAGCCACAUUCGGUACAUCGCCCGCGCCCGCUACUGUCGCCACCACAACGGCUUCUGUCACUACAACGACAACGCAAAUGGUCCUUGCACCUGGCGGUGCAGUUAUAGCUACGACAACCGUCUUUACUCCUACCGGAACAACUACACAGACACAGGUCGUUAGCAGUGUUGCACUGUCCACAAGUACCGUUAGCGCUUGUCCAACAAGUGGAGGAGGAGGUCUUUUGGGAGUUUUAACCUCGGCUGUACCUUUGGUAUCGAACGUGCCAUUAGUAUCGUCCCUUCCGGUAGUGUCAUCUCUACCGCUCGUGUCGUCUCUCCCGUUGGUAUCAUCCCUACCGUUGAUAUCAUCGCUACCUUUGGUAUCAUCGCUACCUUUAAUAUCCUCCUUGCCACUGGUAUCCUCUUUGCCAUUGAAUACAGCUCCGCUUCCCGGGGUCUCAUCUCUUUUAUCAGCUCCCCUACCCGGGAUCACAUCCAUCCUGUCAGCUCCGUUGCCUGGUGUCACAUCCAUUCUCUCAGCUCCACUUCCCGGAGUUUCCUCUAUCAUCCCUGGAGAUCCUCUGGCUUCUCUACCUGGGGUCUCACCUAUUCUCUCAGUCCCGCUUCCAGGCGUGACAUCCAUUCUAUCGGCUCCCCUUCCAGGUAUCUCUGUAUCCUUACCACUGUCUUCCAUUCCCCUUGGUACAGCUCUAUCAUCGCUAUCAGGCGCACUACCUACAUCCAUUAUAUCGGUCCCUAGCUCAAUUGGGCCUUUACCAGUUCCAACCUCUAUCGUAUCCAUUCCAAGCUCGAUUGGUCCCCUUCCAAUCCCGACUUCUAUUCUCUCGAUCCCAGCUUGUGCUGCCAAUUCUUUGUGCCAGGCGGUUUCCUAUCUGCCCAACGGCCCAUGCUAUCUAAAAUACGGAAUCGGACAGCCUUAUGUUAACCCGACUGUUUGGGGAGCUAGGCUUGCAAGUGUGUCAGUUCCAUCUGCAUUGCUACCCCCAAUUGUCCCACCAGCUCAGUCUGCCGGAAGCAUUGUUCGUACUACAACGGCCCCCGGUUCUGAUGGAGGAACAACAAACACUAACCCGACGGCUCCUGGCUCUGUUGGUGGAACGUUGAGCACCAACCCAACAGCCCCAGGCUCUACUGUGGCGACUCUAAGCACCAUCCGUACCACAACUACUUCAGGAGUCGGUCCGACAUCCAGCGCGGUAUCUUGUCCCGCUUCCAAUCUAUCAACCGUGAUUGCUGGCGGACGACAAUACCUAAUCACCUGCGGCAUUGAUUAUUUCAACAACGACAUAUCGUCUCCAUUGUCCCCUACAUUCCCCAAGUCGUACGAGGGCUGCUUGGCUGAUUGUUCAUCCACGCCUAGCUGUACUGCAGUUGCCUACGUCAAAGGCGGUCCUUGCUACUUGAAGACUGGCGCUGGCAGUGGCUUCAAAAUUGACAGCACAAUCAUUGGUGCCAAGCUGAUCAGAGUCUUGCCUACUUCCACAUCCGCUACGUCUGCCACGUCCGCUCCAUCCGGAACAACUGUGACUGUGACCACGACAAUCUCUAAUACCGGUUACCAGUGCGCCUGCACUCCUACUUCGUUCCCCAAGCCCACCUCCGUUACGUGCCCUGCAGAUAACGGCAGCACAUAUACCACCACUUGCGGAGCUAAAUACGCUGUAGAGUGUGCUCAGGACCGCUACGGCAACGAUAUCCCCGGUGGACUUUUCUUUGUAGACAGCUACGAAAGCUGCCUUGAGAAAUGUGAUCAGACGCCAGGCUGCGUUGCUAUAUCCUUUGUCAUGCGACCUCCUGGCGUCCAGAGCCCUUGCUACACGAAGGACUCUGCAGGACCUAUCCGUCUGAACCCUGAGGUUAACGGUAGCAGCAAGAUCUCCGGGUGCACAAGACUCAAGCUGCGACGCAAGCGUGUUGUAAAGCCCGCGCCAAAGAAACAGCUUGAUAAGCGUGUAUUAUUCUUGGGUCCUGACUUCACUUUCACCCAGCCCCAUGUUACUGCCACGCAAACUUCCACAGUAGGCUCGACUGUUUUGACGUCAGAAUUCCCCGCCCCUUCUUCUAGAUGGCUUUGCUGA